AUGGCUAGAUACGGUGCUACCUCCACUAACCCAGCUAAAUCCGCUUCUGCUCGUGGUUCUUAUUUACGUGUUUCCUUCAAGAACACCAGAGAAACUGCUCAAGCCAUUUCUGGUUGGGAAUUAACCAAGGCUCAACAAUACUUAGAACAAGUUUUAGAUCACAAAAGAGCUAUUCCUUUCAGAAGAUACAACUCCUCCAUUGGUAGAACUGCCCAAGGUAAGGAAUUUGGUGUCACCAAGGCUAGAUGGCCAGCCAAGUCCGUUAAAUUUGUUCAAGGUCUAUUACAAAAUGCUGCCGCUAACGCUGAAGCUAAAGGUUUAGACGCCACCAAAUUAUACGUCUCCCACAUUCAAGUUAACCAAGCUCCAAAGCAAAGAAGAAGAACUUACAGAGCUCACGGUAGAAUCAACAAGUACGAAUCUUCUCCAUGCCACAUUGAAUUAGUUUUAUCUGAAAAGGAAGAAACUGUUAAGAAGGCUGUUGAAAAGAAAUUAGUUAGAUACACUUCCAGACAAAGAGGUAGAAUUGCCGCCCAAAAGCGUAUCACUGCUUAA